UAAACAAACCCGUCUCCUCUAAAACCUAAAACUUGUUUAGUUCUCCCUUCUGUCUUGACCAUUGACUCCAGUUGUCCCCGUUUCCUCUCCCACCCUAAAACCCUAACAAAACCGCCGAGAGCCCCCAAAGAAGAUGUCAUCUUCCAUUCACCUCCGCCACCUCCGCCACCAUUCCACUACCACCAUCGCAGCCACAUCCACUUCCUCAUCUUCCAUUUCGAUUUCCCAAGCCAAAAGCAAACUCCGCACUGAAUACGACCCUGACAAAGCCCUCGGAAUCUACUCUUCCGUUUCCAAACGCUACUCUUCCCCUUCCUCUUCCCGCUAUGCUCAAGACCUCACCGUACGCCGCCUCGCCAAGUCCCGCCGUUUCUCCGACAUUGAAUCUUUAAUCGAGUCCCACAAAACAGACCCCAAGAUUUCUCAGGAGCCUUUCCUCUCUACUCUCAUCAGAUCCUAUGGCAUCGCUGGCAUGUUAGAUCAUGCCAUCAAGACUUUCCAUCAAAUGGACCAAUUUGGUACCCCCAGAUCAACCAUUUCUUUCAACACCUUGCUCUCUGCUUGCAAUCAGUCAAGGCAAUUCGAUAAAGUCCCCCAACUGUUCGAUGAAAUUCCCAAGAAAUACGUCCGUGUCUCACCUGACAAAGUUUCUUAUGGGAUUUUAAUUAAAUCUUAUUGCGAAGCGGGUCAUCCUGAGAAAGGGCUUGAGGUUUUAAGAGAAAUGGAAAGGAAAAGCGUGGAGGUAACUAUAGUUACUUUUACAACAAUUUUAAAUGCUUUGUAUAAGAAGGGAAAAACAGAAGAGGCCGAGAAGUUGUGGAGCGAGAUGAUGAAGACCGGUUGUGAAUUAGAUGUUGCUUCUUAUAAUGUUAGGAUUUCGAAUUUUCAAGGCGGAGAGCCGGAGAAGGUGAAGGAAUUAAUUGACGAUAUGAGCAGCCUGGGGUUGAAACCAGAUACCAUUAGUUAUAAUUAUCUGAUGACUUGUUAUUGUAAGAAUGGGAUGUUGGAUGAAGCUAAGAAGGUUUAUGAAGGAUUGGAAGGUAAUGGGUGUAAUCCGAAUGCUGCCACUUUUAGGACUUUGGUGUUUUAUUUAUGUUUGAAUGGGUUGUAUGAGCAAGGUUAUAAGGUGUUCAAAGAGAGUGUGAGGUUGCAUAAAGUUCCAGAUUUUAAUACGUUGAAGCAUUUGGUGAAGGGGUUGGUGAUGAACAAGAACAUCAAGGACGCGAAAGGGUUAAUCAGAACGGUAAAGAAGACCUUUCCUCCUAACUUUUUGAAUGCAUGGAAGAAGCUUGAGGAGGAACUUGGUUUGCCUUAUGGUAAUGCUGAUAGUGGUGAAGCUCAAGACGCUAGAGAGUCUACAGGUUAGAAGUGAGAUUUUAGCUGUUAAUUGCUGGU